UGGGGUCCGACCUCACUGCAUGAACCAGGUGGACCAAAAUAAGGGUAAUGAAGUGUCAGUGAAAAUUAAUGGAACGAGCACUAAAGGCUUCUUCUACAAGAAUGUCUACCCUUGGAUGAGAGAAACGCAGUCUGCCACUGCAAGUCAUGAGACACCCAGCUCCUGCCAAUCAGGGGCAUCACCGUAUAACAGUGGUGAGCUGGAUUCUCCAGAGACAGCAAGAAGGAAUGACAGCAGCUCCAGCAGGAAGCGUAUACGCACAGCUUUUACCUCUUCCCAGCUGCUGGAGCUUGAGAAAGAGUUCCAUUUCAGUGCUUACUUGUGUCGCCCACGACGCCUUGAGAUGGCGUCUGUGCUCAAGCUCACUGACCGACAGAUUAAAAUCUGGUUCCAAAAUCGUCGCAUGAAGUACAAGAAAGACCACAAGGGAAAAGAAAAGGUUUGGCCAACCUAUUUAAGUGUCCAAUCUUCAGGAGAAGAAAGAAGUGCUGUAAUGGAUAUUACAGCUACAGCCUCACACAACUUCCAGUACUUCAGUCAGCCGAGCAUCAACUGUACUCAAAGCAGUUAUGGAGACACUAUGUACAGAGAAUGGUUCCUGAUUACAAAGUCAGCUACACCUGUUAAAGACACUACUUUAGACCCUCAACCUGUGCCCAGACCUGAUACUUCAAAUUUGGCCUCAGGGCAUGACUUCUGUUUGCACCAGCAAGAUGAAGGCUGUAUCCUGGCAUCUCCAGGACUCUCAUACAUGUGACAGUUCCUAUCCAUGAUCGGCCAAUUCUUCAUCUCCAGAUCUAUUUACCACUUUUGCCCAUGUAUAUAUCUCAUUUGGUCUUAUAAUUACAAGAAAGCUUACCAAGCAAAUCAGAUGAAAAGAUAAAGUGGGUUUAGCAGUUACAAUGUGUUCUUGUAACUUUAUUCACAUAAAACCCAACAUAAUCACUCUAGCUUGCUAGAAUUCCUACAGAUUUCACAUGAGAUUGGAUUGUCAUUCCAUACUCUGGCACACAGUUCCACAGCUGCUAACACUUUAAGAAGAGUCAGGAUUUGUUGCCCUCAGAAGCUGACAUACAGGCAGAUCAUUGACUUAAAAGAGCUGGUGAGCCAAGUAUACUCUCAUGGGCAAAAGGCCAGGGGAGAAUUACAUUACGUUAUCAGCCAGUAUGCAGUAAAACUGGGAGGGUUUCCUCUGUGGAUAAGUUGUAGCAGGCUCUGUGAAAAGUAAAGAGAUUUAUUGAACAUGGACAUGAGCCCACUUCUGAGAAUUUAUCUACCAAGCUCAGAUAGGUUGGGGGAAAUAAGCACAAAAAUCCUCCAAGCAUUUGUAAGAGCAGUUAUUGUUUUUAACUUAAUUGUGAAAUAUCAACAUGGGUAGAACAGGUACAGAGAAACUGUACUUAAGUAAAAGUGUCAAAAUCGUACUCAGUUAAAAGUAUAGACAUGGAGUGAAAGUAUCCACGUUUAAACAUGCUCAAGUAUUUUUUAAAGAAUGUUCAUUUUCCUUAUCAAAUGAUAAACUGUUGUCAUGUUGUCAUCCUGUAUGAAUCAUUUGUAAAUCCAAGAGAACAUCAGUUCAAGGACCAAUUAGCGAAAUUGUGUGAAAGUUUCAUUUGAUAUUGAAGUGGGUUUUUGUUUGGAAUCACUGUAAAUUUACUUCAAUAAGAGUCCACAUAUUCAGUUUCAAUAAUACUUGCUUAAAGUGCAAAACUUCCAAAAUAGUACUUAAGUACAGAAAUUACAAGUAUUGUCCACCCCUGAAUCUCAGAACAUAAUGUAUUGUCUAUAGUCUAUAAGUAUAUAGGACAAAGUGUAUUGGUUUAUUUUACUAUUUUGCUUCAUAAACAUUUACGGUAUGUUCCCUCGGGAGAUAUUCUAAAGAAGUCAAACAAGCAUUUAACCACUGUGUCUAUUUCAGUACUUAUUUCUUGUUUGUUUAUUAAGCAAACCAUGCUGAAUAGAUAUAUUGCUGAAGAAAGCACACAUCUAUGUAUAGCAAAACAUUCUGCAUUGAUUCCUGUAUUUUGUAUUCUGUGUGCUGUAAUAACUUGGUAAUUACGCAGUUAAUGCAUACUGCAGUUAUUAGUAGCUAUUAAACAUAUUUUAUGAAAAAUCACGAUGAAAAAUCUGAAAAGGAAUUGCCUUGAGCGUGCAGUACAGGUCAGAUCGGAAGAAAUAUGAUCUGUCAGUUGUCAUUCUUUGUCCUUAUAGAUUUUAAUAAUCAAUUUAAAUAGGAAAAAACAUGCAUUUCAUUCUGUGUUCAUUGUUUGUUUUGUGUCAAUUGCAUAUGAAUAAACUGACAUAAUGCAUGUAUUUAAAAAACAACAACAUAGUAGUCGUGGUUGUGCUGCACAUUGUAAACCUAGAGCAACCCUCAAAAUGAUCCUGAUGAUGC